ACAACUGCAACAACUAGAGCAGCAAUUGCAACUGGAGCUAGACUACAAGCACAUGAAUGGCAAUCUGGUGGCAGCAGUUGACUUCAAUGGAACACUUGCCUUUGGACGGCCGCCGCCGCCCCACCAGUACCGCAAUGGGAACGGACUUUAUGCGGGCGCCGACUGCAGCAAAAGCAGCAACCACAGCAGCAGCAACUUCAUCCUGAAGCUCAUCGCGAUGAUCCUGUACGCAAUGGUGUGCAUCGUCGGUCUCUUCGGCAACACCCUCGUAAUCUACGUGGUGAUGCGGUUCUCCAAGAUGCAGACGGUGACCAACAUCUACAUUUUGAAUCUGGCGAUAGCCGACGAGUUCUUCCUGAUCGGCAUUCCCUUCCUUAUCUACACGAUGCAGGUGGGCAACUGGUCAUUCGGGGACUACAUGUGCAAGGCGUACAUGGUGAGCAGCUCCAUCACAUCGUUCACCUCCUCGAUCUUCCUGCUGAUCAUGUCCGCGGACCGGUAUAUAGCUGUCUGCCAUCCGAUAUCGUCGCCCCGCUACCGUACCCCGUUCGUGUCGAAGCUCGUGUCGGCCUUCGCCUGGAUGACCUCCGUGCUGCUGAUGCUGCCGGUGAUCCUGUUCGCCAGCACCGUGCCAGCGGAGAACGGACUGCUGACCUGCAACAUCGAGUGGCCCGACACCCAGAACCUGGACUCGGACUCCACAUUCAUACUGUACUCCCUGGUGCUGGGCUUCGCCACGCCGCUGACCUUCAUCCUGGUCUUCUACUGCCUGGUCAUUCGGAAGCUGCACACGGUGGGGCCCAAGCACAAGUCAAAGGAGAAGAAGCGCUCCCACAGGAAGGUCACCAAGCUGGUGCUGACCGUCAUAACCGUGUACAUCAUGUGCUGGCUGCCCCACUGGAUCUCGCAGGUGGCCCUAAUCAACUCGGUCCCGAAUCCGUGCGGUGCCUCCCGACUGGAGCUGGCAGUCUUCCUGGUCUGCGGCUGUCUCAGCUACUCGAACUCGGCGAUGAACCCCAUUCUCUACGCCUUCCUCAGCGACAACUUCAAGAAGAGUUUCAUGAAGGCCUGCACUUGUGCGGCCCGCAAGGACGUCAACGCCCAGCUCCAGCUGGAGAACAGCUUCUUCCCGAAGUUCGGCAAGGGCCGGCAGUCGGAGCGGCUCAUCGGUGGCGGCAACAAGGGGGCCAAAACCGGUGGCACGGCCAAGAAGAGGGCUGCUCUGGCUGCAGCGAGAAACAACAAUGCCCCGAUGGCCACCACCACAACGACCACGACAACGACCGGAACGGACACCGUGACCUCUGUGCAGCCAGCAGUUCAUAAUGUUCCUGCCGAGUUACUAGCGCCAUCCGGCAGCUGCAGCAGCAGCGGCAAUCCUGCCACUCUCCUGGUGGUCAAUGCCGAGACCAACAACUGUAAGCCGCCCGUGCUGCACACGGACUUAUAAGAGCGGGCCCAGGCCCGUGCUAUGCCGCUGGAGACGGUUGUGCUUAUAGCCAGAAGAUGAGGGCACGCCGACAUCGGAGUGGGAGUGGGAGUGCGAGUGGGAGUGGAGCUGGAGCUCGAUCGACAGCUGACAAUGCAGUCGGAGUUCCUGCUUUAGGCUAAGCGUUCGUUCUCUCGAUGGAUAUUGAUAUUUUAUAUUGAAAAAGCAAAGCGAUGCGAAAGCGAUGUUGAGACCUCGUUUGAUCGCAAAUGAUAAUGCCAGAGAAUCCUAUAGGUACAUAGAGAAUUCUUAAUGCCCAUCAAAAGGAAUCGAUGAAACCUUUAUGACAGAUUCUCAGUCAGAAAUAGUGUCAAAACUAAAGUAUUCAUCAUAAAAGUGUUUCAGAUCGGAGGAUAUAUCAAACGUAAAUCACAGUCGCAGUCGCCGUCGCCGUCGCAUCAGUUUGCCAAUCAGAUAAGUUUUGCAUAAGUGUGGAUACUUUUAAUGUCGUUUUCCCAUUUAGAUACUCUGCUAGAAUAAGGUUGAAAAUCUCUACAAAUAAGCUGAGUAGUGAAGAGCGUGAAACAAAGCAAAUAGUGGAACAUAACCAGUUUCGAGUGUUAGUUUUGUAAGCCAAAGAUUUGAUCUUAGAUUUCAAGGAAAGACUUUGAAAUACACAAGGAAUAACUCAGAAAAAAAGGCGCCAUUAACAAGCCAAAACAAACCCAAAGAGAACCCAAAGAAUUCCAGAAAGGCAAAUAAUUCCAUUGGAAAUAAAACGAACAAAGUAUUCUCUGAAACAAGAAACAAGAAAUAAAAUAAUAAAUACCGAAAAAAGUCCUUUUUCAAUUCGAAUUAAAUUGUAAUGUGAUUGUAAAAUAAAACAAUAAC